CUUCUCUCUUUAGGUGACGGUGACGUUGUAAAUAAUAUGUAUGAGCCCGACCCGGACCUGCUGGCUGGCCAGAGUGCUGAGGAGGAGACCGAGGACAGCAUCCUGUCUCCCAUCCCCAUGGGGCCACCGUCCCCCUUCCCCACCAGUGAGGACUUCACCCCCAAGGAGGGCUCGCCCUACGAGGCUCCCGUCUACAUUCCCGAAGACAUUCCGAUCCCGCCAGACUUCGAGCUGCGAGAGUCCUCCAUCCCGGGGGCCGGCCUGGGGAUCUGGGCCAAGAGGAAGAUGGAGGUCGGCGAGAGGCUGGGCCCCUGCGUGGCGGCGCCCCGGGCGGCGCUGAAGGAGGCCGACUUUGGAUGGGAGCAAAUGCUCACGGAUCCCGAGGUGUCGUCCCAGGAAGGCUGCAUCCGAAAGAUCUCUGAAGACCUGGGCAGCGAGAAGUUCUGUGUGGAGGCCAGCCAGGUGGGGGCUGGCAGCUGGCUCAAGUACGUCCGGGUGGCCUGCUCCUGUGAUGACCAGAACCUCUCCAUGUGUCAGAUCAACGAGCAGAUUUAUUAUAAAGUCAUUAAGGACAUUGAGCCGGGUGAGGAGCUGUUGGUGCACGUGAAGGAAAGUGGCUACUCCCUCGGCGCGGUGCCACCCAGCCUGGAUGAGGAGCCCACGUUCCGCUGUGACGAGUGUGACGAGCUCUUCCCGUGCAAGGUGGACCUGCGGCGCCACAAGAAGUACGCCUGCGGCUCUGCGGGGACCACCGUGUACCAGGGCCUGGGGGAGGGGCGCAAGCCCGAGGGCCUCGGUGGCGGGGGCAGCGACCCCUCCCACGAGUGCAAGGACUGCGAGCGGAUGUUCCCCACCAAGUACAGCUUGGAGCAACACAUGAUCGUCCACACAGAGGAGCGCGAGUACAAGUGUGACCAGUGUCCCAAGGCCUUCAACUGGAAGUCCAACCUCAUCCGCCACCAGAUGUCCCAUGACAGUGGCAAGCGCUUUGAAUGUGAAAACUGCGUGAAGGUGUUCACGGACCCCAGCAACCUGCAGCGGCACAUCCGCUCGCAGCACGUGGGUGCCCGGGCGCACGCCUGCCCCGACUGCGGCAAGACCUUCGCCACGUCCUCCGGCCUCAAGCAGCACAAGCACAUCCACAGCACCGUCAAGCCCUUCAUAUGUGAGGUCUGCCACAAGUCCUACACGCAGUUCUCCAACCUGUGCCGGCACAAGCGCAUGCACGCGGACUGCCGCACGCAGAUCAAGUGCAAGGACUGUGGGCAGAUGUUCAGCACUACCUCCUCCCUGAACAAGCACCGGCGCUUCUGCGAGGGCAAGAGCCAUUACACGCCGGGCGGCCUCUUCGCCCCGGGCCUGCCCUUGACCCCCAGCCCCCUGAUGGACAAGGCCAAGCCCUCCCCCAACCUCAACCACACUGGCCUGGGCUUCAACGAGUACUUCCCCUCCAGGCCCCACCCUGGGAGCCUGCCCUUCUCCACGGGCCCCCCGGCCUUCCCUGCACUCACGCCCGGCUUCCCGGGCAUCUUCCCUCCGUCCUUGUACCCCCGGCCGCCUCUGCUACCUCCCACACCGUUGCUCAAGAGCCCCCUGAACCACACCCAGGACGCCAAGCUCCCCAGCCCCCUGGGGAACCCAGCACUGCCCCUCAUCUCCGCGGUCAGCAACAGCGGCCAGGGCGCCACGGCGGCCACGGGGCCGGAGGAGAAGCUGGAGAGCCGCCUGGAGGACACGUACGUGGAGAAGCUCAAGACCAGGAGCCCCGACAUGUCCGACGGCAGCGACUUUGAGGACAUCAACACCACGACGGGGACCGACCUGGACACCACCACGGGGACUGGCUCGGACCUGGACAGCGACGUGGACAGCGACCGGGACAAGGGCAAGGACCAGGGCAAGCCCGAGUUUGGCGGCGGCUCGGUGCCCGCGGGGUCCACCCACAGUGGGGCCGAGGUGCCCGUCUUCUACUCACAGCACUCCUUCUUCCCGCCGCCGGGCGCCGCCGGCGACUCCAUCAAAGCCAUCGCGUCCAUCGCGGAGAAGUACUUUGGCCCGGGCUUCAUGGGCAUGCAGGAGAAGAAGCUGGGCGCGCUGCCCUACCACUCGGUGUUCCCCUUCCAGUUCCUGCCCAACUUCCCCCACUCCCUGUACCCCUUCACGGACCGUGCCCUCGCCCACAACCUGCUGGUCAAGGCCGAGCCAAAGUCGCCCCGGGACACACUCAAAGUGGGCGGCCCCAGCGCCGAGUGCCCCUUCGACCUCACCACCAAACCAAAAGAGGCGAAGCCCAUCCUGCCCGCGCCCAAGGUGCCCCCGGCACCCGCAUCCAGCGAGGAGCAGCCACUGGACUUGAGCAUCGGCAGCCGGGCCCGUGCCAGCCAGAACGGAGGGGGCCGGGAGCCCCGGAAGAACCACAUCUACGGGGAGCGGAAGCCAGGGGCCGGUGAGGGGCUGCCCAAGGUGUGCCCGGCGCAGCUGCCCCAGCAGCCCUCCCUGCACUACGCCAAGCCCUCUCCCUUCUUCAUGGACCCCAUUUACAGCAGGGUAGAAAAGCGGAAGGUGACGGACCCCGUGGGUGUCCUGAAGGAGAAGUACCUGAGGCCCUCCCCGCUGCUGUUUCACCCCCAGAUGUCAGCCAUCGAGACCAUGACAGAGAAGCUGGAGAGCUUCGCAGCCAUGAAAGCAGACUCGGGGGGCUCGCUGCAGCCCCUGCCCCACCACCCCUUCAACUUCCGGUCCCCACCCCCGACGCUCUCGGACCCCAUCCUCAGGAAGGGCAAGGAGCGGUACACGUGCAGGUACUGCGGCAAGAUCUUCCCCCGGUCAGCAAAUCUCACGAGACACCUGAGGACGCACACCGGGGAGCAGCCGUACAGGUGCAAGUACUGCGACCGCUCCUUCAGCAUCUCCUCCAACCUCCAGCGGCACGUGCGCAACAUCCACAACAAGGAGAAGCCCUUCAAGUGCCACCUGUGCAACCGCUGCUUCGGGCAGCAGACCAACCUGGACAGGCACCNNNGCAGGAGGGCAGCUGAGAGCGCUCCAGUGAGCCAGCACGCGGGGGUCCUCACGAACCACCUGGGCACCGGUGCCUCUUCCCCCACCUCCGAGUCGGACAACCACGCACUUUUAGACGAGAAAGAGGACUCCUACUUCUCUGAAAUCAGGAACUUCAUCGCCAACAGCGAGAUGAGCCAGGCAUCCUCGAGAACAGACAAGCGGCCAGAGAUCCAGGAGCUAGGCAGCAACCCCCAGUGUCCAGGCUUAGCCAGCGAGAAGCCAGAGGAUGUGGAGGAGGAGGAAGAGGAGGAGCUGGAAGAGGAGGACGAGGACAGCCUGGCCGGGAAGUCGCAGGACGACACGGUGUCCCCCACGCCCGAGCCCCAGGGAGUCUACGAGGACGAGGAGGACGAGGAGCCACCGGCCUCCCUGGCCGUGGGCUUUGACCACACCCGAAGGUGUCUUGAGGAGCCAGAGGGCGGCCUGUCAGCUUUGGAGCCGACGCCGGCCUUUGGGAAGGGGCCGGAUCUCCACAGAGCAGCUGAGGAAGCAUUUGAAGUUAAAGAUGUGCUUAAUUCCACCUUAGAUUCUGAGGCUUUAAAACAGACCCUGUACAGGCAGGCUAAGAACCAGGCAUACGCAAUGAUGCUGUCCCUCUCCGAGGAUGCUCCUCUCCACGCCCCCUCCCAGAGCUCGCUGGACGCUUGGUUGAACAUCGCGGGAGCCACGUCGGAGUCUGGAGCCUUUAACCCCAUCAACCACCUCUGAGGGGCCAGGAGGACCCAGGGCCAGAGUCCAAAGUCGGGGUGCCAGCUGCGCGGAAUGGCAGCGGGCCCCCGGAAGCCCCCGCCACCUGCACUGGAGCACUGCUCGGCGCCCAGCCCCCACCCUCCAAGUUCAAUUCUGACUUCUCCAGGGAAAACUUGGAACCCAACACUCCCCAAAGCAGCCGUGGCACACCUCCCUGCCUCUGAGGACCGGCCCUGGGAACAGCCUUCAGUCUCGGCGGGCGAGCACCAGCGACGCUCAGGCUGCUCUCGGAGAAGAGCGUGGCGGGUGAGGGUGGGAUCUCAAGCCCGGAUGGGAGCCCUGGGCUGCUUCUGGGAGCCUGCGUGGCACCGGAGAGUGCACAGAGGACGCAGGUGUGCCCGGAGGAGACACAGGCGCAGUUUUUAUAAUGAAAAUGACCAGAAUGACCCUUUUGGUAAUCUUAUUGACUACAGAGUCUAUUUAAGCAUGUGGGUUUUAAAAAAAAAUAGACAGUAUUUUUUAAAAAAAUCAAACAAAAUGACUUGCAAAUUGUUUUUUAAAAGUAAUUUUGCAUUGCUUUGGAAUUUCAGCUUAUUUGCCAACCCAAGCCUGCCUGGGCAGCCAGCGCUGUGCUUGGGGUGUACCCUUUAUACUGUAGAUAAUGGAGAAUUUUCUAUCGUUGAUCCUAUUUGUACAAGCCAAGGUGAUUCUGGGUGCCCCCCGAGACAGAAAAGAGGCCCGGGGACUCUCCUUUGAACGUGCGCAGACCCUGCUGAGGAAUUCCUAGACUUGGUGCCUGGCUGCAGGCUUGCUGGAGCCGGGACUGGGAGGUUGCCUGCCCGCUUGUGGCCUGCAAAGAAAUCCACAGGCCCCCACCCAUGACCCCCCAAUUGUAUGGGGAUGUCGGGAGCCCGUGGCUCAGGUCCUGCGUGCAGAGGUGUGGCAGAGCACCUCCCCGCAAGCUCUGUGCCUCCACCACCCAGGCUGGCCCCAGCCGCUCUUCUCAAGGCAGGGUUUGUUGGGACACUCUGGGUCCCCAACCUCCUGCUCUCACCUGACCCCCAGCAGCUGGAGUGUCCUGCCCGAGGCCGAGGCCGCCAGGUGGGGUGCCCUUCCCAGCUGCACCACUUCAGGACGCCCAGCGCUGCCCGUGCCUGAGACUCCGCACCGACCACCCUGCCGCCGCUUCUGCUCUUGGCGCAGGUUCUUGACAAGACAGGGUCGGGAGCAGAAGGGGUCGGGGACCUGCUGCAAAGAGCAGAGACAGCACAGUCCCCAGGAUGGGCCACUCUCUCCCUGGGGAUGUGUCCACCUCUCCAUUCGGACCGGCUUUAAAUUAUUCCCGUAGGGGCCAAUUUCAAAUAAUUUCUUUUUUCCUGAUGGAAUUUACCUUAAUCUGUAUAUAACUUGUAGUUUUUUCUAAUUCAUUUUUUUUUCUUAUUUUAUUUCUUCCUUAACAGUAUUUUUGGCAUUAGACAUUCUUAUUGUGAAGAAAUAAUGUUAAUAUAAGUAUCUAGUGAAGGACCAAAACCGUGUAAUAAGGUUGUGUGUCGUGUGAUCACUAACCAGGGAGGGGGGCGGUUUUUAAUGUGCCAAAUACCCCCGCGUCCCCCCCUCACGAAUCCUGCUGUCACUGCUACCCAUUUACCAGACAAUCAUGUGUUUUGUUAAAUUUGAGUUUCAGCUGCAUUUAAGACAAGUGUUCUAUUUAUUUCUUUUAUUGUUUGGAAGAAAAAAAAAAACAAGAAGAGAAAAAAAAAUUGCCCCAGUUUCCCUUUAAACAAAGAGGAGCAAAAAUGCACAAAACCAGGGCACAGGGCCUGACACAGUGUAGCUCUGUGCCCUGCGGGGACCUCCCCGUGGUUGCUCCCGGGGGCGAUAGGCAGUAUUGAAGCCGGCGUGUUCCAUGAUGACCGCCUCUUGAUGCCAGGUGGCCAGGUGAGCUCUGGAGACUCCCACCCCGGACGGAGGCCCCUGCAGACACCAGGGACCUGCAGGUCCCAGUGAAAGGGCUUCUCCCCUUGCUAAAAGAGAGAGCCAGCCUGCCCCGGGACUGGCCUUGCGCACCUGUGGCAGGCUGGAAAGACGCCCUCGGGGAGCCGGACUCGCCAACACACCUGCCCAGGACGGCUCCUCACAGACCCGCCAGGUCCGGCCCAGGGAUUUCCACUUCCUCCUUGAACCAGGUGGGACCCUCACGAAAACCCAACCUCAGACACAGACCCCCCACUUCUGUAAACCCAAAUUAUAUGAUUUCUUCUGCGAAAGAA